GCUUGUUUUGAAACUGGCGCUUACGAUUGGUUUGGUGGCUUAACGAACUCCCCGUUUAUUGUAGCCCCAAAACAAGUGUAGGGUUUUAUGGGAAGAAGAUGAUUCUCACUCCAACAAUCUCUAGGCUCACUGAUUCAACUCACCAUCGACUACUCCAACUCGUUAAGACUGCUCUUAUCAAGAUUUUCGUCUCUCCUUACGCCACUGUGUGUGAUUUGUAUUGCGGAGGAGUACCGGAUGAAGACAAGUGGGACGAAGCUCAAAUCGGCCACUUCAUUGGAAUUGAUGAAGCGUCAUCUGGAGUUAGAGAAGUUCGAGAAGCAUGGGAGAGUCGGCGCAAGACUUACACUUCAGAGUUUUACGAGCUUGAUCCCUGCAUUGAAAACUUGGAAGCAAAUUUGGGGGACAAGGGAAAUACAGCUGAUAUUGUUUGUUGCAUGCAACAUUUGCAGUUCUGUUUUGAAACUGAGGAGAAAGUAAGAAGACUUCUGCAGAAUGUAUCAUCUUUGUUGAAACCAGGGGGUUAUCUUAUGGGUAUUACUCUGGACUCAUCUACUAUAUGGGCUAAGUAUCAGAAAAAUGUAGAGGCGUACCACAACAGGAGUGGUGGCAUGAAGCCCAACCUUGUUCCAAAUUGCAUUCGAUCAGACAACUAUAUGAUCACUUUUGAAGUUGAAGAAGAGAAGUUUCCUUUUUUUGGGAAAAAGUACCAGCUGAAGUUUGCAAAUGAUGCUUCUGCUGAAACACAUUGCUUGGUACAUUUUCCAAGCUUGAUCAGGUUGGCCAGAGAAGCUGGUCUUGAGUAUGUGGAGAUACAAAACUUGCUGGAAUUUUACGACGAUAAUAGAGCACAAUUUUCCGGGAUGCUGCUAGAAGCAGGUCAUGGUCUUGUGGACCCCAGAGGGAGGCUCUUACCAAAGUUCUAUGAUGUACUAGGUUUGUAUACUACAUUCAUAUUUCAAAAGCCCGACCCUGAUGUCGCCCCUCCGCUUAUGACCCCAAUAUUGCAUGAUGCAACCGAAAUCCUUGAUGAGAGGGACUGGCAAGGUAGCGUGUGGAGGGACGAAGAGAAAGUUGGACCGUCUCAUACUGAAUCAACUUUCAGCUUGGGCAAGAUAACGGAACAGAAAGGGAUAUUAGGUCCUGGACCUGAAGGCUUACGUUUCUCGGAAGCUCUCUAACCUUCUUCAUGGUGCUCAACUAAUAUAACCACUUCAUGUAUGCAUUUGUGAUUAACAACUAAACGACAUAAUCUUAGAGGAUUGCAUUUUAUGUUGUUCACUAGGCCUCUCUUCUUGAGCUUAAAAGGUACUGUUUUUUCUGGAAAAAAUGACUUCCCUGAUUAUUUUGUACAUAAAUAAACACUUCAUUUUUUU